GCAUCUUGGUCAAUUCUUGCUUGGCGAGGCUGACAUAACCCGGAUUAGAGACUCGGUGUAUUAGUACUAAUACCCCGACUUUCCGCAUUUCACGGUCCUCCAUCUUCUUGUAUCUUAACGACCCGUGACCAACCUACCACGUCCUUUUAUGAACCCCAGUGGCCACAAUCACUUCUCAGCUGCACGCGUUAUCCAGCUUCUCGGUUGAACAUUCUUCGGUGCCGCACGUCAUGCUAUUCCGGCCGCUUGCAUUAACCAUACCGCAUAUUGCCUAUGCAUGUCUCGGAGGUUUCGUCGUCGUGUUUGGCAUGUUCUCUUUGUUCAUUCGAGAAAAGCUUUACAUCGGCGAGGCAUGUUGGGCUUUUCUUUUCGGCGUCAUUAUCGGUCCAUAUGGUGCCGGCAUAUUUGAUCCUCGCAGUUGGGGCAGUGACACUACUACCGAGGAUACCGUGAAUGAAAUUACACUCGAGUUCACUCGUGUUGUCCUCGCAAUCGGAGUCUUCGCAAUUGGAGUCGAGCUUCCAAAAGCCUAUAUGAAGCGUCACUGGAAAAGUCUAUUAUACCUUCUAUUUCCUGUCAUGACAUGGGGUUGGUUUGUGUCGGCAGGCUUGAUUUAUGCAUUAAUACCUGACCUCACAUUCUUAUCAAGCCUUGCUGUCGCUGCAUGCUUGACCCCAACUGACCCAAUCCUUGCUGCUGCAGUUGUUGGUGGCAAAUAUGCCGAUAAGCACGUCCCUGCUCAUCUUCGCCAUCUCCUUGCGGCGGAAAGCGGUUGCAACGACGGAGCAGCGUAUCCCUUCCUGUAUAUCGCAUUGUAUCUCAUAUUGGACUCCAGUACUGGUCGUGCAGUUGAAGAUUGGUUCCUUCUUCUCUGGCUUUAUCAAGUCAUUCUAGGUGUGGUGGUGGGCGCCUUGAUAGGAUGGGGCUUCCGACACCUUAUGAAAUUCUGCCAGCGUAACGAUUUCGUCGAUCGACAAUCCUACGUUGCACAGUACAUAUCCUUGGCUUUGCUCACCAUCGGUAUCAUGACUAUCCUGGGUUCUGAUGAUCUCCUGGCAGCAUUCUCUUGCGGAACGGCAUUCGCUUGGGACGGUUUCUUCAACCGCCAGACAGAGGAAUCGGUGUUUAGUUCCGUCAUCGACUUAUUAUUCAAUGUCGCUGCCUUCGUUUAUGUCGGCGCCUGGAUGCCGUUUGAUAGUUUCAGCAACGAGACCCUUUCACUCAGCGUGUGGAGGCUCGUUGUUAUUGCCAUUUUAGUGUUGAUGUUAAAAAGGUUGCCAGUCAUGAUUGGGCUAUACAGGUUCAUACCCGACGUAAAGACUUUCCGGGAAGCCGUUUUCAGCGGUCAUUUCGGGCCCAUAGGCAUUGGCGCUAUAUACAUUUCCACAUUAGCGGCCCAGCAGCUGCCCAAACCUAGCAACCCUCCAGCCAACCAGGCUGAAGUUUUGGCACUCACCAUUCAACCCAUCGUUGCAUUCAUGGUACUCUGCAGUGUCGCCAUUCACGGUCUGUCCAUCCCAUUCUCACUCCUAGGCCGCCGCGUGCAUUCAGUUGGGUCUCGUACGUGGUCCCGCCAUGCCACAUCCAACGUACCCGACUGGGCAACACAUACGCGGCAUGUCACGCGUGCGGAAGAUGUCAUCAUUAACCGUGACCCUACUGGACUUGAGCGUGGUGAGGGCGGACUGACGGAAGAGGAGAAGUCUGUAAUGGAGAGCAAGCGUGCAAGCACGGUCACUACGUCGCCGCUGUCGCCUGAUGAGAUAGAAGAAAUUGGCGAGGCCAGCAGUUCAGAGACGCAUGCAGAAGCUGUGCCUGCAAAUGACGAGGAAGAGAUGAAGGAGGAAGUGCCACCUGACGGAAAGGAGACGACUGCGGAGUGGAGGGAGGGCCCGCAUAAAAUUAUUGAACGACGUGGUGGUCCUGGUGAAGAGGUUGACGUGGAAGUUAUUUAUAACGCAUUCAAGCCCUCUGAACGAGUCGUGCACUCCCGGUUCUCUGUAGGAGAAAGUGGCGCCUUACAAGCAGGUCGCGCGUAUCUUCGCAAGUUACAUCAUGCGCCUGAAGAUAUACAUCGGGCGGUUGAACAUGUCGAAGAAAAUGUUAAGCAUGAUAUACAUGCAUUAGAAUCCAAAGCCCAAGAAGUUUUUAAAGCUGGUGGCUCAAGUGAUGAAAACACUGGCGCUGGCGCACGUGCUGAAGGUGACGAAGACGAAGAAGGAUGGGCAUCAGACAAAAGCGGAGAUGGCAAUGGACCUGCGUGGUUGUCUGGGGAUCACAGGAAGCGUCCAAAAUCAUGGAAAACGAAGAGCGGAACCCAUCUUGCGGCUGCCAGAAGUACGAGGAGCCAUCGACGAAGACAAUCAACGGGAGAUGGCGGAACGUUCUCGAGCCAUGCCAGGCAGCUUCUGGAGCAGGACCCACCGUUCGCCUUUACGGCUGAGCCGGGUGAGAUUGCACCAUCUGAGGAUGAGGACCAACGUGGGAGAAGCCAAGCACCUCACCGCCAGGGAUCAGGGCACACUUACCGUCGCUCCAUCCAGCACCGACGGUUGGAGUCUCUGAAGACUAGCGAACAUAACUCACGUGAUGUCUCGCCUACUCGGUCGGUCCGGUUCGUCGAUGAAGAGCGCCGGAGUGGUACCACUACUCCUAGAAUGACGCUUGACCAGACGCCCCAGGGCAGUGUUAGCGAACCGUUUACCACUGAUGACUCGGAGUCGAGAGGGAAGGUCACGUUCGGACCCGCUCACAUAAGGCGCGCGUCUGAAGAUUAACAUAUUGUAUAUAUCUCGUUUGGUGCGUUUUUAAUUGUCUAGCCAUGGCAUUGAAAUUACUCGAAUAUCACUUUCGCAUUACACCAUAUGCACUCAUAACUUGUCGUCAAUGUAGCAUUAAUGGCUUGAACAUCAUGUAUAGAUAUAUCGAAUCUAAAUAGCUAUUGUAUAUGAAGGAGC